AUGCUGCUUUACAAGGACACUAUCUCUGGCGACGAGAUGAUCUCGGACGCCUACGCGCUCAAGGAGGUCGACGGAGCCGUCUACGAAGUCGACUGCCAGAUGAUCCAGGUCAAGCAGGGCGGCGACGUCGAUAUCGGUGCCAACCCCUCUGCCGAGGAUGGCGACGAUGCGCUCGAGGAGGGUGUCGAGACCGUCAACAACAUCGUCUACUCUUUCCGAUUGCAGUCGACCCAGUUCGACAAGAAGAUGUUCUUGACCUACGUUAAGGGAUACAUGAAGGCUGUCAAGGCCAAGCUCGCCGAGACCGCCCCCGACCAGGUUUCCGCUUUCGAGAAGGGCGCGCAGACCUACAUCAAGAAGGUGGUCGCCAGCUUCAAGGACUGGGAGUUCUUCACCGGCGAGUCCAUGGACCCCGAGGGAAUGGUCGCUCUCCUCAACUACCGCGAGGACGGUGUCACUCCUUAUAUUGUGUUCUGGAAGCACGGUCUCAAGGAGGAAAAGUUCUAA